AUGAAUUCAUUCAAGGCUCCACUUUUCAAAACGCAGUCAUCUUUCUCAAAAAUUUCCUCUAACUCUGUCCCUCGUGUGCUACCAGCCAUUGUCCCUGAGAGCAUUCAAUACUUGAACCGCGCUCAACAAGCGGCAAUUCUUGCACCUUCAGAAUUACCCCUCGAAAUCAGCGGUGGCCCAGGAGUUGGAAAAACUAAGUCACUUGCUGAGCGUGCUGUUCAAAGCAUUGUCAGUGGGAUUUCUCCUAAAGAUAUCGUCGUUUUGUCUCAUACGCCUCUGGAGGCAAACAGCCUAGCGCACCACAUAGAUCAUGGCCUUUCUAAAUUUAACGUCCAGUCUAAUUUUUUUUGGAAGCACUACGUUUCGUUUUUUUGUGUCCGGAUGCUACACUUAUUUGGCUACAAGAUUGGUUUAUCUUCGAAUUUUUUUGUAUUAUCGGAACAAGACAAACUUAAUUUUGUCAAUGAAUCCCUUGCUGACUCUAGAGUCAAAACGUGUCUUAGAAAUAUGGGCUACUUCAAAAAGCCUGUUAAAAACAAUAUCAAAGACCUUCAUCUGGAUUUUGCUGGAAAUUCCUACUUCAAUAAGUUGUAUAAAAAUGGUGAUGAUUUGGAUCCCCUUUACAUUUCCUUAGUCAUUGAAAAUAUUAAAUCAGGAAAUUCAUCUAUUUCUCAAUGGGUUGCUAUUAACUCGGACCACUUUCCUGCUAUUGCUCGAGUUCUUGUUGAAUAUGAAUCCCGCUGCAAGAAAACAAAAUCAUUAGAUAUGAAUGACUUGGUUCUAUACGUCAAUGAGAUUAUUGACAAGUACCCUGAUGUUGUUAAAGAUGUUCAAAGCGUUUUUGUUGAUGGGGCUGAGAAUAUAACAGGUGCCGAGUACCAGCUAGUUUCCUCUUUAGCUAAACAAAAUGGCAAUAUCACUGUUUCUGGCGAUCAAAACAAAAUCAUUCACCCUUUUUCUAUGGCUUCACCUAUCAAAAAUCUUUUAGGGGCUGAGCAUUCUAAAUCUUUAUCUUCUGUUCUUUGGACAGGUUAUCGAUUAACUAAGCCUAUUGCUAAAUUGUUGGAAAAUAUUGCCGAUAAUGAUUUAACAAUCAAACCUCGAUCACGCACCAUUUUGCCCGGUCCCUAUGCAGUUGACUUUACUGAUCCUUUUCAAAAGUCUUCCGCUGUUGCUUCUUUUAUCAAAAGUCAAGUUGAGAAAUUUUCGGGUAAAGCCUCUUUAGAGUAUCGUGAUUUUUCUGUUUUGGAAAGUCAAAGUGAUCUGGCAUAUACACAGGAGGCUUUUGAAAAGCAUGGAGUGCCUUACAAAAUUCUUGGAAAUUCAUCAUUUUGGAGCCAAAAGGAAAUUGCAAUGGCUUUACACACAUUGAGGGUUAUUCAGUCUCCUGAUGAAGAUCGGUCGGUAGUUCAGCUUUUAAGAUACAUGGACUUAAAUGUUGACCACUUUCUUGGGUUGAAAUUUGACGGUUCUAAAUGCUUGACAUUAUUUUCCAAGGCUGCUGCUAUUGCUGAUGGAAAAGCUAUAGUCCAGCUCAGCAAAAAAAAAAAGAGGGAAAUAAUUUCUUGUUUUGUAGAAGUUAUUAGGAAGUGCUCUGAAGGAGGUAUAUCUUUGGAAAAUACACUGAAUCAAAUUAUCACUGGAUUUGGGCUUGACAAAACUCCAGAAGGGAAAAAAUCAACUGAUAAGUUGGUUCAGCUUAUUAAGAGCGACAAACUUCAGAAAGACUUUAACAGUAUUCAUUACGAUAGUAAUCCUACUCAUGAAAUUACUAAAUUUCUUCAGCUUCAAGCUAUUGGUCAAAUUAGUGUUGACGACUACGACGACAACAAGGUUACUUUAUCUACCCCGUACGAUGCGCAGGGACAGGCAUGGCCAAUUGUUUUUUCUCAUUUUGAGUAUAAGAACAAUGUUAAACAAUCACUUAGCCAACUUUACUCAACUGUUUCUUGUUCCAAAGCUAUUAGUAUAAUUACUUUAACCUCCACAUUUUUUACUAAUACUUCUAAGUCUCGGAAUAUUAAAAACCCCUUGUUUGCGUCACUUAAAUCGUCUUUUCUUCCUAUUGAUCGCGUUGCUGCCACGAGAAUCAAUGCCUUAAAAAAUAAAAAUUCUACUCCUAAAUGA